AUGCGCCGACCGCUGGUAGCCUUCGUAACUGUUGCCGCCUGCCUCCCGGGUCUCGCGAUCGGUCAAACUCUGCAGGUGCAAACUACCACCCUUGAAGAGGAGACACCGGUUUUGAGAGAUACUUCCCAGACGGCCGAGGCGCUUGAAUCCAUCAGUCCUUCCCUGGUGUUUGCAGGCUCCAGGAACGGAAACGAUGCAUCGCUGUCCACGUUGACAGCUGAUUUUGAAGACCUUGCGAGUCGGGACGACAUCACGGAUCUCGUCCGUCUUCUCGAGCGUGCAAAUGAGCAACUAAGGCUAGAGGCAGCUAGGAUACAAUCAGGCAAAAAAAAGGCUGCCUUUGCAGACAAUAUCCUUGCGCGAAUUACCACGAGAAAAGAAUUCGCGUGGGUGAAGGAAACACUCAACCGAGGGACUGUGAGUGCUAAGGAGAUCCUUUCACAGCUGAAAGCACGGGCGGCAGACAUGUCCAACCGGAAGGAAUACUUAUGGAUCAAGCAGCAACUAAAUCGGUCGUCAUCGGCCCUAAGGUCGUUCUUCUCGAAUGUGAAAGCCCGAUCACAGGAGGUUCGCUCCCGAGCAGAGUUCUUGCGGAUGAAGAAGAAGUUUGAACGAGGGGCGAUCAAGGCUAGGGCAACUAUUUCAAAGAUAAAAGCACAAGCUGCAAAGCUUCGGCACCGGAGGGAGUUCUCGCGGAUGAAGAAGAAGUUUAAACACGGGGCGACCAAAGCUCGGGCGCUCAUUUCAAAGAUGAAAGAGCGAGCGGCAGCGGUUAGCUCUCGCGAAGAAUUCUUGCGUGCGAAGGGCGUGCUGGAACGAGCUACAACUCCGGCAAAGGCACUCAUGUCGAAGCUGAAAGCGCGAGCGGCGGAGGUUGCCUCCCGUAAAGAGUUCAAGCAGCCGAUUGAUAAGUUUGAGGCGGGCAGAGACGCGAUGCACAAAGGCAUGGCGAAGCUCGUGACCCUCAAAGAAUUCUGGGUCGUGGUGACACUGUCCCUUUGGGGGAGGGCACAAGUAAUGAGCGGAACCCUUCACGGGGUUGUGCUUGCAGUGAAUGUGGCAAUGAUGAUACGAAUGCUGUCGUGUCUUCUCAAGACGCUUAACGAAACAUCUGGCCAAAAUAUCUCGGUACCAGAGAGCACCGUGGGCAAGACAGAGUCAUCUACCUCGGAAGGGGUUGCUCCUGGCAUGGAGCAUUAA